AUGCCGAAAAGCAUGGACGAUAACAAGAAGCUCCUCGCGUACGAUAUACAUGUCCUGCAGAAGUGCCCGAUGCCGCGGGAGCUGCAGGACUACAUAAACAACACCAUCCGCAAACCAAGACAAGGAUCGACGUCACCUUAUGGAAAGAAAACGGUCAAAGUAGCAGCGUCCAUAAGGUCUGAGAGCGAAGACACGCAUAUCCACAAGCUCACUCCAGUUUUGAUGGAGGGCCUGCAGGGAGAGCUGCUGGGUGGUGUUCCAUGUGUGGACUACUGCCUCAAACCCAACCUGGAGAAGAAAUUCCUCCCUCAGACACUUCGCCCGUCAGUCGUAGAGCUGCACAAGCCGUCAACGCAGCCUCAGCACGACGUAUGCUACGGAUACAUUGUUCGAGAGAGCGCCAGGAAAGCGGGCGUGCAGAUGGCCUUUGAUGAGGAAGCGGAGGACAAGUUGGACUUCGAGCCUCUCACAGGUCAUCUGCAUCUGCCGUUUCUGACGAUGCAAUGGAAGUGUCCGACGGGUGCAGAAAACAGUUACGACGCCAGACUGCAAGGCGGCUGCGAUGGGGCUACCAUUGUCAAUCACCUCUUCGAAUUGUACGAGCGCGCUGGUGCCAGCCCAACCCUCUUGCAGACAUGCCACCUGUCGAUAGUCACCGAUGGCGAGCAGCUGCAAUUCCACAUUCAUUGGCGCGAGUCGGAACGCACAAAGAGCGGCGAGGAAGUGCUCGUUCACCACAUGGAGACCGUUGGCCGAGGAGCCUACUCCCUGUCCGACGAAGUCGACAUGGAGGAAGCCCGAAAGCCUACAGUACCGGUGCUCGACUCACUUCCAUCAAACACCAUCUCCAGUCGUGGGGCCUCAAGGGUACCAAACGCAGGCGCUCGGCAACGUCAGAGGGACAUGGUUCUGAUCGGAUUCCUAUCCAGUACAACGGCGUCCUCAUGA